AUGGUGUACACUUCGUUGACUGACGUUCCUCGUAACCUCAAGGAGGGCAUUGACUGGUUGAUAGCCCUGAAGGGAACUGAUGCUGAGAGCAACCUGAAGGCUAUGGGCGCCGCAAUCUACGAUUUGCUCGCAGAAAAGCUUCCGGAAGUUCUCCCAGCAGAUGCCCCAGAAGGUCUCUCGGAAGGUCUUUCAGAUGAUAUCCCACAAGAAAUCCCGGAAGAUCGUCCAGAUGAUAUCCCACAAGAAAUCCCGGAAGAUCGUCCAGAUGAUAUCCCACAAGAAAUCCCAGAAGAUCAUCCAGCAGAUGUCCCAGCGGAUAUCCCAGAGGAUGUCGCACAAAAGGCUGCUGAGACUAAGCUGUCUAUAGCUCUGCAGCACAUAAAGCUUAUUUCCAUGGGUUUCAUGUGGAAAAGGGAACUUAGGAACUUGUGGCCCGCGAACGUGAUGCUGGGAGGUUUGGCUAGUUCCAUGGAUAAGACGCUUGACGAACUCACCAAUGCCAUGGGAGGCAGUCCUAAAACUGUCACAAAGAACUUAGGCAAAGUUGUGGAUGGUUGUGAGAGGUUCUUAGAAAAAAUAAAAAGCCCUGAUGAGUACAAGUCUGCUUACGGUUCUGAAGCGACGUGGGAGGCUUCAUGCUCGGAAAACCCGGCAGAUUGCGCAGCGGUCUUUGUGGGUAUUGCGCCUAUGUUAUUCAUAGGCUUAGAAUCUUUGAGGGAUGCUAGCGAAGCUGCAGAUAAGGGAGAGCCGAGUGAUUCAAAGAAACGCUUUGAAAAGGUAUUGAGUGUCUUCGGUUACAAAGCACCUCAACGCAAAUUUACCAUGAGUGAUUCGGAAGUAGUCGGGGCGUCUACGCGUUUGGGGUAUGUAUUGAAAGCCAUGGGUUUCGUUGAGCCGGAGUGUCGAGAAAGCCUGAGUGGUUCGGAGGUCCUCAAUGCGUUGAGCAAUGUGUCACAUGGCGUAACGUCCAUACUCGAUGAUGUUUCCGGAUUUGACUUUUUCUAUGGAUCUGACAAAAUAUGGGACCGGAAUGUCAAACAAUCUGUAGAGCCCGUGGAUUCUGCAGAAGGCGCGGAACCCGUGGAAGGUGUGGAAUCUGUAGAGCCCGUUCAAAAGGAAGAGGCUGUAGAAUUCGCGGAACUCGUGGAAUCUGUAGAACCCGUUCAGGAGGAACAAUUUGCAGGCGUUGAAGAACCCAUUCAAGCGGAACAAGCCGUGGAACCUGUAGGGUCUGCAAUUCCUACAGGCGUUGAAGAGCCUGCGAAGGCUACAAAACCUAAAAAGGGCAAGAAAGGCAAAAAGGGCAAGAAGGGUAAAAAGGGUAAAAAAGGUAAAAAGGGUAAAAAGGCUGCGAAAGCUGUAGAAGCAGGUCAGCAAUAA